AUGUCAUCACAUUCCCUCGCGAAUCGACUCUCCACCGGUUUCAAGUACCGAGGCAGCAACGGAGGGACCAUGAAAAUCGAGUUUAUACGUAUACAGGUUAUAGGAUGUGUAGUUGCUAACUCAUAUAACAUGUUUAACAUUCAGCAGAACGAAGAUUGGGAUAUCUAUGGCAAAUCGAUACGAAUGCUGCAUCGUCUCGCGCUUACCAUCGUCUCGCGUGCAUUUCGUAUCGAUUACAUUGAUCACACAGAGAAAGUUCGAAGUUCCGCGUGUUUCUUGAAAGUGUUUUUGUCGACGUGCACUGGCAGGGCAUCGUUAUACGUACGCACGAACUUCGACUACAUUAGACCAUACUUGCGUCUGCCAAACGAUUACGACAAGGCUAUUGACCUAUACUCUACGGCGAUUGACCUGAAUUCUACAUUCGAUACCUUAGCAAAUCGCAGUAAGGCAAAGUUGGGGGAAAUGCUAUGGGAGGAUGCGCUCCUCGACAUGCAAAAGGUCACUGGACUCAAUCCGUCGUCUCAUAUUGGAUACCAGUUGACACACACAGUGCUGCGUGGCGCGCAACGCUACGAUGAAGCCAUCGAAGCCUUCACAAUCAUGUUGUCGAAGUUGGACGAUGCUCCCAAAGCUUAG